AAACACUCCCACACACUUGAUCAAUCAAUAAUGCCAACCCCAAACACAACAACAAAUGUUCUUGAGAGAAGCCCAAGUCUAAAAGACAUGGACAAAAGACUUCAAGAGAAAAGCUCUUUAUCCAAACACCUUCAAAGAGUGUACCCUUUGAGCAUGCACAAGAGCAACUCAAGCCUAAGUCUUUCAUCUCUUUCUCUAUCUCAAAACUCAAAUGAUUCAUCAUUCAAUAGUUCUAUCUCUAGUUGGGAUCAUAAGAUGGCAAUGCCUUUUCAUGGCAUGUUUAAGUCAUGGGAGAGAAGAGAUGUGUCCAUUGAAGAAGCCAUUAAGAAGUGGAGGUUGAGGUGUAGAGAGUUUGGUCUGUUUGGGAAGAAAAAUCAAAGUAAUGUUGAUGAUGAUGAAGUGGAGAGUGGGGAGUUGGAUUCCUUGGAUGUUGGUGAAUUGAAGAGGUGCAAAUGGAUCACUAAAUCUAGUGAUCAAGUUUAUGUUUCUUUUCAUGAUGAGUCUUGGGGUGUUCCCGUCUUCAAUGAUUGCCGACUCUUUUGA